AUGUCACCGCUAUAUCAUAGGAGCCUUAAAGAAAUAAGCCAGUUUAUCUUCCUGUCCCUUCAUUUUGUGUUCUGCCCGCAGGGGGUGGACAGCGACGACGAGGACAACGAUUUUGAAGAGGUCCCGGAGAAGGAAGGUUACGAGCCUGACAUUCCGGACCACCUUCGCGCUGAGUACGGUUUGGCGACUGCUCCGAAAUCCACCCCACCAGUACAAAAAAAAAUGAUCCACAUAAGACCCAGGAAUCCAAAGAGGAACGAUGAAGAAUCUGAUCCGACCUGCGCUGCUGCAACGCUGAAGGCCAUGCAGGACAAGCUGUCGGCCUUCACCUCCUCAGCCUCCAGCACAGGCGAGCCCAGCAGCACAAGUGCAAAGCGGGAGGAUGAGUUAUCGAGAGCACCUGUCGUCCCGUUCGGGAUAGAUCUGCACUACUGGGGGAAGGAUCAGCCCACAGCUGGCAAAAUACUCAAGUGCACCUCCCAGCAUCGCUUCUGGGCUCCUAACGAGACUGAAGAGGAAGUGGAGAAUAAAGAAGUGGAGGCCAUGUUAAAAACCAGAUACAUCACCUUCCCGGGCAAGUACGAACCAGUGAAGCACAAAUGCAACGCGCCAUUGCCCAAUGGGUCGCUGUGUGAGAGGCAAGACAGGCUGAAGUGUCCAUUCCACGGGAAGAUCAUCCCACGUGAUGAGCUUGGAGUGCCAGUAAUUCCUGAGGAUCGGGAGAGAGAAGCCCAGGAGAAACUUGAGAAGCAAGCCAAGGAAGAAGAUUGGAGAGACCCCGAACUGAUGCGAGAAAUUGAGCAAGUUACGGGGGCAGACCUUGGAUCAUCCAGAUAUAGCAAGAAAGAGCAGAAGAAGAAAGGGAAAAAGAAAAAAUAUCCAAACCUAACAGACCUGAAGCAGAAUGCCAACACAUCCCGCUCCCGCCUGCAGAAGAAAGUGUUUAACACGGGAUCAGUAAAACGAGUGAUAAGCGCAAUGAACCAGAUGGAUAAGAGGCGACACGAAAAGUUUGCAAACCAGUUUAAUUACGCAUUAAAUUAAAAAACCCGCCGGGGGGAAGAGAUAAACCGACAAGCCGCCUUCUACAUGGAAGACUUGCUUUAAGGACCUUUAAAGAAAUAUUGUUGUAAUAUACGGAUAUUUUAUCCCUAAUGUUUUAACUUAUUUGCAUAAUUUGCUGUCAGUUAUGGAAUGUUUUUUAAAAGAUCGUCUGUACAGAUUUGUAGGGGAUUUUAAAGAAAAUUGCUGUAGUAAAAAAUGUUUUUUUUUUUUGUUUUUUUUAAUGCUGACAAAGGUAAACCGCCCCCCCCCCCCCCUUCCCCCUCCGAGGUUUGGAAAUUGUAAACUGUUUACCUUUUAUAAUUUGUGACAAAAAAAAAAAUAUUUGAAUUUUUAUCUUUUUUUAUUUUAUUAAAAAUGUUUUACUUG